CAAAAUACCCAAACUAAAAUAACCCUAAAUUAUAUUGUACUAAUGCCUACCCUUGCUAGCUUCGCAGCCAAUGCAGACACGGCAUUUUAGAGGAGCAUCCAUCGAGUAAGGAAAGUGCGGGUGAAUGUGAGUAUUUUAUUUUGUUUCCCCACCUGUACGGAAGAACGAAGAUGGAGAAUGAAGAGCUACUGUGUGAGGCGGCGAGAAACGGUGAUGCCGAAAAGGUGAGGUCUCUCUUAGACUCUGGAGCUGACGCUUCGCACUUCGACGGUGAAGGCCUCACUCCGCUCAUGCACGCCGCUAAACACGGCCACGCCGACGUCCUCAAGGCCUUGCUUGAAGCUGGGGCUCCUUGGAAUGCCCUUUCUCCUUCCAAUCUCUCUGCUGGAGAUUUCGCUAUGGACAUAGGUCACAGGGAGGCUUUCGAUACCCUUCUCAAUGCCGGGAUUCAAGCUGAGUUGGUUCUGGGAACCAUAGCGAGGAGAGAUAGCAAAACGGGUGAUUGUGAUGGUGAUUACUUGGAUGAUAGGGUUAGCUUCAGUGAGGAUAAGCUGAUGGACUCAGAAAGCAAGGCGGUUAUGAUGGCUUGGGAGAAACCAUUAAUGGAGGCUCAUGCUAAAGCUGUUUGUUCAGGGGGUGGUCACAUAUUGAACAUUGGAUUUGGUAUGGGUCUGGUGGAUACAGCCAUUCAGAAAUAUGCACCUACUUCACAUACUAUUGUUGAGGCUCACCCAGAGGUUUAUAAACGUAUGCUUCAUACUGGUUGGGCUGAGAAGAAUAACGUAAAGAUUAUAUUUGGCCGUUGGCAAGAUGUUCUGCCACAGCUUGAUUCUUAUGACGGUAUUUUCUUUGACACCUAUGGAGAGUAUUAUGAGGAUCUAAGGGAGUUCCAACAGCAUCUUCCUGUGUUGUUGAAGCCAGGGGGAAUCUAUUCAUUUUUCAAUGGCCUUUGUGGUGGUAACCCUUUCUUUCAUGUUGUUUACUGUCAGCUAGUGUCUCUCGAACUUGAGAGUUUGGGAUACUCGACUCAGCUCAUCUCCUUGCCUGUCAAGGAUUGUCUAGGAGAAGAAGUUUGGGAAGGUGUGAAACACAAAUAUUGGCAACUUGAUACAUAUUAUCUCCCUGUUUGUCAAUCUAUACAGGAUUCCGAGUAAUACAGAAUUUUCAGCUUUUUCUUUCUUUAUCUUCUACUUGUCUUUGAAUCUAUUUCAGUUAUUUAGGAUCUUAAAGUUGAUACCAUUCCAUGAUGUUUGAUUCUGUAGGACAUGACAUGUUGUUAUUAAUCUCAUUCUCGCUCUCUCAUGAUUAUUUA